AGGGGACCAUGAGGGACAAUGGCAGCGCCCUGCUCAAUGCCUCUCAGCAGGUACCAGGCAGCGGGGAGGAUGGGCGGCCGCGGCCGUCGUGGCUGGCGUCUACACUGGCCUCCAUCCUCAUCUUCACCAUCGUGGUGGACAUCCUGGGCAAUUUGCUGGUCAUCCUGUCUGUGUAUCGCAACAAGAAGCUCAGGAACGCAGGAAAUUUAUUUGUGGUGAGCUUAUCUGUGGCGGACCUCGUGGUGGCUAUUUACCCAUAUCCCUUGGUGCUGGCAUCCGUCAUUAACAAUGGAUGGAAUCUGGGUUAUGUGCACUGUCAAAUCAGUGCAUUUUUGAUGGGUUUGAGUGUCGUUGCCUCGAUUUUCAGCAUCACCGGGAUCGCCAUCAACCGCUACUGCUACAUUUGCCACAGUCUCAAGUAUGACAGACUAUACAGUAACAAGAACUCCCUCUGCAAUGUGUUCCUGAUAUGGAUGUUGACCCUUGUCGCCAUUAUGCCCAACCUGCAAACCGGAACUCUCCAGUAUGAUCCCCGGAUCUACUCCUGUACCUUCACCCAGUCUGUUAGCUCUGUGUACACGAUAUCAUUGGUGGUUUUCCAUUUCAUUGUGCCUAUGGUUAUCGUCAUCUUCUGCUACUUAAGAAUCUGGAUCCUGGUUCUCCAGGUCAGACAGAGGGUCAAACCUGACAGCAAACCCAAACUGAAGCCACAGGACUUUAGGAACUUCAUCACCAUGUUUGUUGUUUUUGUGCUUUUUGCCAUCUGCUGGGCUCCACUCAACUUCAUCGGGCUCAUUGUGGCCUCAGACCCUGCCACCAUGGUCCCCAGGAUUCCAGAGUGGCUGUUUGUGGCUAGUUACUACAUGGCAUAUUUCAACAGCUGCCUCAAUGCCAUUAUAUAUGGACUCCUGAACCAAAAUUUCAGACAGGAAUACAAAAGAAUUAUCGUCUCGUUGUGCACAGCCAAGAUGUUCUUUGUGGACAGCUCAAACGAUGCAGCAGAUAAGAUGAAAUGUCGGCGUGCUCCAUUAAAAGCCAAUAAUAAUUUAAUAAAGAUGGACUGUGUUUGA